AUGGUUUCUCUUCCGUCCAGCAAUGGGGUGCAGCCAGUUAGGGUUCACGCCCUAGCCACAGGUCAGCUUCAUCAUCCAGACCGAUGGCUUUUCGAAGAUGGCGACGAGGAUAUUAUGAAGGCCAGGCACCGUUAUCCAGAUUUCAGCUUUCUCAUUCAGCAUCGUUCUGGCAAAAAUAUUCUAUUCGAUCUAGGUCUUACCAAGGACUUCAAUCUGGUUCCUGAAGUCAUAAGAAGCCUUUUUCACGUAAUUUCGCCAACUGUUGCGGAAGAUCCCACUGAUAUCCUCUCCCGAGGUCCGGUGUCACCGUCCAGCAUUCACUCGGUCGUCUUCAGCCAUCUGCAUUUUGACCACAUUGGAGAUUGCACUAAAUUUCCAGAUGCAUAUAUGAUCGCUGGUCCAGGCAGCAAAGAUGCAAAUGGAGAAGGAUGGCCAGUUGAUCCAAAAUCACCAUUUUCUAGCGCACUUGUCCAACAUCCCAAGUACCAUGAACUCAGCUUUGAGGUAGAGAAAUGGCUGCCGCUGGGCCCGUUUGAUCGAGCAUACGACUUUUUUGGGGACGGCAGUUUUUACCUGAUUGAUACUCCUGGACAUAUGCCAGGACAUCUUGGUGGCCUCGCGCUGACGGGACUGGACGAAUGGGUAUUUCUUGGAGGAGAUUGUUGCCACCACCGCUCGUUGCUGGUGGGAAAUCGCCCUAUGAGUGUGACUUCGGGACCCAUGGGACGAUGCUUCCAUAAGAACCCACAAGUCGCAGGAGAGACUCUUGAAAAGAUACGAACUCUAGAGAAGCUGGGUAAGGUUUUCGUAGCUCUUGCUCACGAUUCAUUCUUGGUUGGAACAAUGCCACAGUACCCGGAUAGUCUGAAUGGGUGGUCUGACAAGGCUUGGAAGAAGGAUCUCAACAGCAUACUCAGCCAACAUUACCAAUCUUAA